AUGGGUUUCCCUCACGCAAGGCGAUCUCAUCUGCCUGAUUCCGAUCCUCAUCGCCUUCUCUCACGCACGCCAGGCCUCCUGGGGCGAAUCGCCCACGCACGCCACGCCGACCACGUCUACUCCCUAAACGGCACGCACCGAGAAUUGACCCGCGGUGACAUCCUGAGCAUCUUCGACAACAUCCAGGCCCUCCAGGGCCUCGACCACCAGAUCCAGCAGAACCUCGCCAGCGCCGGCAAGGAGAAGGAGUGCCACGAUAUCGUGGGCUGCUUCACCAUCGAAGGCGGCGCCAUGUCCCACCUCGGACUCCUGCCCGUUCCCCCCCACGAAGUCGGCCUCAGGCUCUUUCUCUACACUCGUUUAAAUCCCGUCCAGGAACAGGAAUUGGUCUGGAACGACGAGGAGUCCAUCCGAAGAUCCAAUUUCCGUCCCGAACUCCCGACCAAAGUGAUCGUGCACGGCUGGCGCGAACACGGACAGCGCGAGUGGAUGGUCCGCAUGAAAGACGCCAUUUUGGCGAAGGAGGGAGACGCGAACGUGAUCCUCGCCGGCUGGAAAGACGGGGCCCGGGGCCCGCUGUAUCUCCUGGCGGCGACCAACACGGAGAUGGUCGGGCGGAUGCUGGGGCAUUUCCUCCUCUUCGCUCGCGCCGAGGCGGCAAGGGUCCAUGCGAUCGGGUUCAGCCUCGGGGCCAUGACCGCGGGGCAUCUGGGGGAGUUCUUCAAGGAGAGGGGCCAGAAACUCGGGCGGAUCUCGGGUUUGGACCCGGCGGCCCUGGCCUUCACUGGGGACAAUUUCAACGGGGACAAGACGCGACUGGAUCCAUCGGACGCGGAAUUCGUGGACGUGAUCCACACGAACGGGGCACCUUUGAUCAUGGGUGGCCUCGGUGCACCCUAUCCGCUGGGCCAUGUCGACUUUUAUCCGAACGGAGGGGAAUUUCAGCCCAGUUGCAAUAAUGACGUCGGGAAGGCCGUCCAGAAUAUACUCGCCGGAAAAAUCGGAGAAACUCUGGACGGCUGCAACCACAAACGCGCAGUCGAAUAUUACCUGGAAUCCAUCGCUUCCCCCUGCAAAUUCCGGACUUACCCCUGCCCGAACGAGCAGGAAUUCCGAGCCGGAAACUGCAUGAAAUGCUCCGAAGGCGGCUGCGGGACGAUGGGAUACGAAGCCGACUCCUCGUUGGCCAGGGGUCGGCAGUUUUUGGCCACCACGGGACAUCAGCAAGCCUUUUGUGGGAUUCAAUACCAAGUGUGGAUGAAGAUGGCGGAGGGUCAGGGGGAGACGCUGGGAAGCAUCAGCAUCAGGUUGCCGUCCGACGGAUCCGUUUACCUCAUCAAGUGA